AUGAUAAAAAACGAAGAAGAGUGGUAUACGAGUGAAAAUUUGCAAAUACCAAAAAUUCAAUUUCUGGACAAUCACCUCAUUUUAGAUUUAUAUGAAAAUAAAUUCAAAGGUGUCUUCAAAGUUUUAGAUGAUACGGGCAAAAUUCAGUGUCAAACCGCAUCUAACUUUCUUCAAAAUAUUUUUGCAAAUUGGGAAAAUAAUCCAAUACUCGGCGUACCGAAGCUACAGAAUUCGGGAUUUAUUAUUCGUCAUUUUGUUGGCGAUGUUUUUUAUAAUGUCGAUAAUUUUUUGGAAAAAAAUUCAAAAAUGCUGACAAGAGAAAUAAGAGAUAUUUGUCAAAAUCUCGGUUUAAUUAUUGGAAGUGGUUCAGUUAAUAUAUUGAAUGGAAAAUCAACAACCUCUAUGUUAAAAACAAAAACCGAUGAUCUAAUCAAGAAACUUUCUAACACAAAAUGUUCAUUUAUAAGAUGCAUCAAACCGAAUGGAAGUCAAUCUAGUGGUAUAUUCAACGAAGAUUUAGUUCGAUCACAGCUGAUUUCUUCGGGAUCUAUUGCUUAUCAGCAACUCAUGAGAAUCGGGUUCCCAAAUUUUAUUAGUAUUGCUGACUUAUUUAUUAAAGUUAAAUCAAACUUGGAAUUUGAAGAUUAUGCCAACACAAAUCCCAAAGAGUUUUGUAAUUUAUUAAUUCGAUCUUGUGGCCUUCUGUGGAAGGAUUUUAAAAUUGGUAAUACUAAAAUAUUCUUUCGAUGCAAGAAAUUAGACCUAUUGACGGAAAAACUAAACGAUGAACCAAGUAAAAUUAAAUACCAAAUGGAUAAGCUAAGGCUCCUGCGCAAAAAAUGGAAGAUAGCCAUUAUAUUUACGAGAUUUUGUGUUCUCGGCAAAAGUCGCAGUGAAAAACUGAUUGGUCUUGUGCAAUCUGAAGAAGUAGUUGAUAUUCCAAGAAAGAAAAUAAAAUUGAAUAAAAAAUCCGUGCAACUUACUCAAACUGAAGUCUAUUUACUCGCAAAUGGGAUUAUAGAAGAAUCGUGUUCACUUUUGAAGCUGCGAGAAAGUUCAACUCAACGUGAAAGGAUAACAAUUAGUUCGAAUGAAGCUGAAUUGACUACUGAGAAUCAAUUGCGAAAGUUGUUACGUGAGGAGCGAAAAAAGAAUGAGGUAGUGUUUGCGGAAUAUCGUCAACUACAAAAGCGAAACGUUGAGUUACAAACGGAAUUACAAAGCAUAAAGAAACAGAAUGAUUUGUUGAUAGGAGAAAACAACCGAUUUAAAAACGCAUUUUCAUAUAUAUCACGGGAACAUGACUAUGUACCUCAAAAAUAA